AAUGGCAGAAAGGUAUACCAUAGCGUGUUUUUGGUCCUUUUAACGAAACAGACGAAAUAAUGCUCCCAGACAGACUGACACACCAUCCGGUCUUCUUUGGAAAGGUUACGAAGAACAGUGAGUAACCACAGAUGAGUAUCGUUCAACGCCUCAUAACGCGGUUGCAUCAUAUCCCAAGUGUAAUAAUUCCUGAUUAAUAAAAAAUCGACAAGAACAACGCUUCCUAAAGCCAUACGAUCCUUCCCUCUCUUUUCUCCUCCUCUGACUACCCUCAAGUCUGGAGAGACAAGAAAGCACGCCGUCUUUUUUUUCCCUUUUGAAAUAAGCAAGUUGUGACUCGUGAACAUGCAGGGCUGCAAGCCUCGCUUGGGCGAGAUAUCAAACGAAAUGAGGAAAAUAAAGACUUAUAGACAACAAAAUGAAACACUCUUAUGAACCAAAAUUCGUUUAUGAAACUUCACCUUCCCUUGCCUAAUUCUAAAUAAACCCAAACUGCCUAAAAUACCUUCAAAAAUUGAACUUGGACAUUUCUAACGUCCGUACGUCCAAAACCAAGGUUCCUGUCUCGCGGAUACGCCCCGGAGACACAGAAGACGAGACCUGUCUUGGUCUAACACUAAAUCCCAACCCCAAGCCCUUAAAACGACCCCCAAAGCCUCAAAACCGAACUUGAAAUGCAACGUCCACGUGUGUAGGAGAGCGUGCGUGCGUGCGUGCGUGCGGCGCUGAUGCCUCGCGACGGACGGCAGAUGGCAGUCGCGCCGCCCCGCACCGUCAGACAUGGAGCAAUUGGAGAAGGCGGCGCAGAUUUUGAUGGCACCACCAAAUGUGGUAACAUCAGAGCAACGCCACGAAGCAGAGCAAGUGUUCCUUCAACUUCGUAAUACAAAAAACCCAUUUAAUCUUUGCAGACAACUUUUAGAAACCUCCCAAGCUGACUACCUGUUAUUUGAAGCUGCAACACUUUUACGGGUAGGAGUUAUACGAGAAUGGCGGGAUUUAAGCAAGGAGGACAUAUUGCAGCUGAGACAGUAUAUUGUGCAUUACGUAGUAAACAGGGUCAACCUCCCCCAUUACGUCAGAGAGACACUAGUACAGGUUGUAGGCAUUAUGGUGAAACGUGGAAGUGUAGAGGAUCAGGGUGAAGACCGUGGCCGCCUGCUUACGGAAGUUGAGCAGCUGGUUUCAUCUGGAGAUAACACAAUGCGUAUGAUUGGGUGCAGCAUUAUCAGUGCUCUUAUGCAAGAAUAUGCUGUGACAGUGAAGUCCACAGAUGUAGGGCUAACCUGGGAAACGCACUUUAAAGCCAAAAAGCAGUUUGAGGGCUCAGAUCUGCGUCGUAUAUUCCACUUCAUUGUCAACCUACUGGGAGAGGUGGUCAAAGUGGAAGGAAAAAUGAGUGGAGAAUUGUCAUCUCUGCUCCUCAAGUUGCUGGUGAUUGCAGAGACCACUUUGACUUGGUCUUUCAUCUCCCUACAUCUACCGAAACGACUGAUGAGUGUGUUUGAGCAGGACCAGAAUCCAUCCCUGCGGCCAGGCCAGCAGUGGCGAGAGACCUUCCUGGAUCCUGCAAUUGUACAGCUUUUCUUUAAACUUUACUGGCGUGUGCGUGGUGACUGGGAACUGGGUCAUCAUGCUCUGAACUGCUUGGUGCAGUUGGCCUCCUUAAAUGGAGCAGUCCUUAUCAACAGACAAGUUCGAAUUAAAUACCUCACACAGUACUUGGAGUGCCUCUUCUCCCUCCUGUCAAGUACACAGAUUAGUGAAGUCGAAGCCCUAGGGAUCAGUAACAUCUUCCGGAAACUGUUGCUCUUCUUCCCUCCAUCUGUCUUGGUGGCCCUCCCCGAAGAGAUGUUGCGGCAGCUAGUUGACAACCUCACCGCCCUCACCUGCAAGUUUGCCCAGGGUGCAGCACAGGAGGAAAUGUUGGACGAGGAGGAUCGACUUUACAUGGAAGCCUUUGAGCAGAUGUUGCAGUCAUGGGCUUGCAUCCUUCAAGAAAGUAGUAGUUGUAACAGCUCUCAGGUCAAGCAGAGUGCCACCCUUAUCUUUGACACAUAUCUUAAGUGCCAUUUAGCACCUCCAGAAGGGUCCCGAGUGCCAGUUGAUGCAGAUGAAAUAUCUGAGACAGUUCAGACUGAUCGUGUGGCAUUCAAAGACCAACUUGUCCUCAUAGGUUUAUGUGGAAGACAGGCAGCAGAACAUAGUGUACCUCUCUUGACACAGCUUCUGGAAGAUCGAAUUGGCCGAAUGCGGUCUCAGUUAACACACAUUCUUAGCAACAACCUAACUAUUGCUGAGAACACACAGCUAGACCAGCUCUAUGAGGACAUUCAUUGGCUGCUUCUCAUUGCAGGUCAUGUCACAACAAUGGAUAAUGAAGGUGAAACGGCACUUAUCCCCUCUGAAAUGGUGACCUAUAGCAUGAGUGCGGCCCCAACUAUAAAUUUAGAAUCCACCCUCAGAUUAUUAGCCACUCCAGCACAAAUGCCUGCAGAAGUACCAAACAGUGCAGCUGCUGAUCCUUUGAUAAGGAUGAUGAGCACAGUUAUGCGUCUAUGUGAGACAGAAUCCCAAGCACUGAAGGCUAACUUAGGUCAUCUCCUAAGUCCAGAAGUAUCCUCUUCACUUAUGUGGUUCUUGAGACGGUUCUGCCUAUCUUAUCUUCUUCCAAAUGAAUCUUUCUACACAGAGUUGAGUAUAGCCCUGACUUCAGCCUUUGGACGAGAUUCAGAGGGAGCAGCCUGGACUUUGAACUAUUUACUAUCAGUUGUCGAGCAGACGAUGAGACUUCGAAGUGCUGAGCCAGGUCUUGUAGAAGACACUGUUAACUUGCUUGUCACAAUGGUGGACAGUAAGGAAAGGGGCCAGCACUUGGUGAAAACCGAAGGUCUCAUGGAAUUAGUGAAGCUUCAACAAAGUGGAACACUGGGAGCUCUUUCUUCUCUAGCACAACGAGGGUUGAUGCAGGGUCUGGUAAUGUGUGCUGCUGCUUUGGGUGACACUGAUGCCAGAACUCAGUUUUGGACUCAUGUUCUUGAUCCUCCUGUGGCAUCUUUCAAGCAAUUGGUCACUUCUGAAUCCUUCACUAAACAAUACCAGCAGGAAGAGAUGAAGAAACAAGUUCUAUACCACAUUGAUAAUUUCAUAGGUGCUGUCCAGGGAUGUCUAAUGCCCACUGCCCAGUGUCUCUUCUCAAGGAUGGUGGGUAUCCUGGGUGAGAGUGUGCGACUGCUUGACCUCUACCAUAACUACCCAACUGUUGUGGAAACAGUCUUGGAACUGUUUGUGGAAUGCGGAAGACGCAUGCUAUGUUAUCUGACACCGAGUGCAAGCAAGCAGUUGUAUGAAGCAUCAGUUCACUUGGUGGGAACUUAUGCCAAGCACAACAUUGGACGGCGGACAGUGGAAGCAAGGGGAGAGGAGGACCAGUGGAGGGACUUGCAGCUUCUCAUGGAGUUAUUGACAUCUUUAUUAUCAAAAGACUUCAUAGACCUCGCUCCGUCUGGCCACGGUGAAGACCAGGAAGUAGUGGCUGCGGCAGAUGUGUGCUUAUUUGGCCUCAACAUCAUCAUGCCUCUCAUGUCACCUGAGUUGUUGCGGUUGCCAACCUUAUGCUCGCAGUAUUUCAAGAUGGUCACGUUCAUUGCCGAGAUUUACCCUAGCAAAGUGUGCCAAUUACCAGAGGAUCUAAUGAAAAAUCUUCUUGUCUCAAUAGAAUUAGGACUAACAAGCUUUGGUCCAGAUGUUGGGACAUUAUCAUUUGACUUCUUGGUUGUGCUCGGUUCUUACAUCCACAAGAACUGUGGUCCUGAGCUGCCAGUGCGACAAGGGUUAAGGCCAUUCUUGAAGCUUGUUCUCGACUUGAUAUUGUCACAGCAGAUAAAUUCAGACCUUCUCCAAGCAGCAUCUGCGGCACUGUACACGCUUAUUUGUUGCUUCCAGGUUGACUAUCAAGACUUGGUUCAGGCCCUACUGCACAGCCAGUCUGACCAGACCACUGGGCAACGUCUGGCUGAAGCCUUCACGCAACUGACAGCCAAUGUCGAGCUCUCAGCAGACCGUAUCAAUCGGAUCAAGUUUAGAGACAACUUUGAGAAGUUCAUAGCAAACGUGAGAGGGUUUUUACUCGUCAAAUAAUUGACAAUAAUGAGAAAUUGUGAUUAAUUAUUUUAUAUAUAUAAAUAGUUAUGCAUUUUUUGGUCUCUUUUUUUUUUUCAAACAUUAGAAAUAUUAUAUGUACAUAAGCAUAAUCAUCUGUUUAAACCCAUGACCUAUUUACAUGUUCAUCACUUUCCAAUAUUUUAUUUAUUUAAGACAAGAUGAAUCUCUGUUGAUUUGUACGACAGAAAGCAAAAACAAACAAAAAACAAAAAACUAAAAAAAAUUGUGCUGUAGCUGUAGAGGCAACACAAGUAUCACUGUAAUUAUGAGCUUCACUUGUAUGUUGGUUAAUGUGUCCAUAAAAGUAACAUGUAUCCAAGCUUCAAUCAUAAUCAGUAAGGUUACAUGUAGCUGUAGCUUGGCUCCAGUGUUUGAGAUAUUUGAGUUGUUGUAACCCACGUUGAGAGUUUAUGGCAUAGCACAUUCAUUUGAAAAGAAAUUGUUCCAAAAACUACUAAAAAGAGAUUUUAUUAUAUUUAACACAAGUUUAAGGUAUCUCUCCAGUUUUAAGACAUUUCCUUUUUAUCUUUUUUAUAAUUUGGAUUUCAUUGAUAUCUUUUUCCACACAUAUGAAUUCACUGGUCAUGAACAUGGGUUAACAAUAAUGGAAUAUAUCAGUAUAAAGCAGUACCAGUACCAGACAAUAUUCAGGGAUUUUUAAAAGUAUCCUAUUUAAAUGUGUGAGCAUAUUUACAUACAUUUGGCACCAUUUAGAUGUUAUUUGUAUGCUUAUUAAUACCAGCAGUUCAAGUAGUGCAUGAAAGAAACCAUAUUUGAUGGUGGGACAAGCUUUUGUGUAUAAUCUUCCCUGAAGAGGUGGUAUUUUGAAUUUGAUAUCUAGAUGAGAAUGAUUUCAGCUCAUAAGACAGGUACUUGAAAGGUGACGUCAUUUUAAUGUCUUUGAAUAUUGUCUUCGUGCAGGACGUGUUUUUGUGCAUGUGUGAUUUAUUGCUGUCAGCAAGAUGUUAAAAAAAGAUAUCAUCAUUAUGUUACCUUUUUUCUUCAUUCUUUUUUCAAUGGUCUUGCAUUCUUCUACUGGUGCAUAAUUCCAUAGUUUUUGAAUAUCUAGUGUUGCAUUUAAUGACAAUAUUUAUUUGCCGUAUGUCCAUGUCCAUUUCUUGUUCCUGUUUGUAAGAAGAGAGCUUAUCUUCAUUAGACACAAAAGAAAAAAUCAUGACUUAGCACCAUUAAGCAUUUCAUACUAAACCUGUAAGGAUGAUUGUCGCAGGGGGAUGCCUCAGUGCGACCGCGUUAUCAAAUGUAUCAUUGCCAGCACCUGUUCAUCAAUGAAGUAAGGCAGAUUAGAAAUCCGUUUUGAGGAAAGUUUUUUCUACUUGUUUGCAUUUUUUUGUUUGACACUACAUUUGUAAUAGAAAUGUGUUAUCAGCAGUGUUGCAUAUCAUUUAUAUGAUUCUUGUAAAUUCUUUUCUUUUUAUGUUUUGCUGUGGUAGAGUUCUUUGUCUUACUGGUGAUGUAGAUUUUUUUCCUGGAAGACAAUUAGAAUUACCACCUUUUACCUUUUUUUUUUUUUUUUUUUUUUUUUUUUUUUUUCAAAUGGAAGGUCUUAAUUUUUCCACAAAAGCACAAAUGAUCCAUUAGAUUUAAAGCAAAAAUACACCCAAACUACUUUUUACACUAACUUUUAGCCACAUUGAACUAUUGUUUGGGUUUCAAAAGUUCAUGUUAAUCUGUUUAUCUUUUUGCCCUAUCUCAGUUUUUGCAGUGAUGUCUUGUAAUCCAGUGAUUUUUUUGCCAAACACUCAUUUGUAUCUGUCUGUCUGUGUGAGAGAAUGAGUAAUUUUGUGGAAGAGAGUGAGUGAGUUAGUUACCUAGUUUAAGGGAGAGAGAGAAUGAGCGGAAGAAAGAGGGAGGGGUGCAGGGGUGUAUGCAGGUUUGUGUACAUGUGUGUAUGGUCAUGUGUGGGUGAUAUUGCAUGAGAAAUAAAGAUCAUGAUAAAAUAAGCUUUAUCUGUUUGGUUGUCACUCUUACUUUUGUAUUAAGUAUUUGAUUGCAAGUAUUUGCAGUACUAUUUAAGUAUGUAGAUGUUUUAAUGUUUAUACUUUAUUAGAUAUAACAUGCUAUUCUUAGUUAUACUUAAGAAAAGCAAGCAGAAAAAUUGUUUGUGACAUUUUAAAACACCAGGUAAUCAAUAGCAUCUAAGAAAUAUUUUUCUACCCAUCUCCUCAAUACAGUGUGCAUUCUACUGCCCAAAUAACACAAAUUAAGCCAAUGCACAGAAGCUUUCCAUGGCAGAUUCAAGCUAAUAAUGCACACAGGCUUGAACCAGUAAGAUAUUUCUCGUUGGGAUUUCUUCAUGAUGUUCAUUUCAAGAUGCAGGCCCUGCUGACUACAAAAGAUACUCAUUAAAUACAAUAUUGACUAGGUCUUUCAGCUGCUUUGGCUACUGCAGUUUAUGAUGAUGAUUAGUUUUUAAGUUUUUUUCUUUCUUUCUUUCUUUCUUUCUUUUUCUUUUUUUUCUUUUUUUUCUUUUUCCCUUUUUUCCUCUUUUUUUUUUUUCUUUUUUUUCCUUUUCUAUCUACCCUUUUCCCAAAUUCUUUAUCCUAUUAUGUACAAUAAGUAACAGAGGCUUAUUUAUGGUAUUAUUCUCUCUCUCUGAUCUUAUUUUGUAUUAUUCCCUUCAAUAGGGUUAUUUCGUAGCAUCUUUUGAUAAUAGACAUCUCAGAUAUUUGUGUAAAUGAUGUACAAUUUACUGGCUUGUUAGCAGAUAGUUGUAUGAGCUAGAAAUACCAAUACCCUGACACUUUUUUAAGUCAUUUUUCUAGAAUUAAAAAGAUGUCACUUCCAGAUUAUUGAGAUUUAUUUAUUUCCCCUCUUGAUUUUUCCCCUUUUUUCUGUGUCUCCUCCUCCUCCUUUCUCUUUCAAAAUUCCUAAUCAGUAGUUGAACUUAGCAGUUUCAUCAUCUUCACAUUGCCUAAAUGUACAAAAUAUGGUGUUUAAAUUUUUAACGAUGCUUUGCCUAAUCCGUGUUGCUGAGCCAAAGAGAGCAAGGCAUCUAGCCUUUGAGAACCCAGUUGUGAUGAUGUAGAGUUGCUUCUUAGCCUUAGGCCUAUGUGUAAUUAGCAACUUAUUUUAUGUGUAUUUGUUUUUAUUAGUAUGUACAUUUUUUUACUGAUAUUUACAUUUACUCUUGGUCA